AUGGAUUUAGACGGAGUUGUCAAUGAUAAUAGUGAAGUAGAUAAUGAUAUAAUAUGUGAUCAUUCUAAUUUAUUUGUAGCUGAAAAUCAGAUUUAUAGUAAUAAAGAAAUCCAGGUUAUGAGGCAUGUUGGACUUGUUGAGAAGUUCAGCUUUCGGGUUGCACGUUGUAAUGCAUCUAAUUAUCAUCUGCAUUGUAUUUCUAAGAGUUGUUCUUGGAUGAUGAGGGCAUCUAGUUUGAAUAAAUCUAGUUUAUUCAAAGUUCGGAAGUAUAUUGCUCAGCAUACAUGUUGUGUUAGAGAAAGAGUUUAUGCCAGACGUCAAGGGAUAACUGACGUUGUAGCUGUAUUGAUAAUGGAUAAUUAUAUUGAUCCAUCUAAGGUAUAUACUCCAAAAGAUGUAGCUGAUGAUAUGUUGAAAUUGCAUGGUGUUUCAUUGACAUACAUACAGGCAUGGAGAGCUAAAGAAAAAACAGUAAAGUUGAUGAGAGGAGAUCCAGCAGAAUCUUAUGCAAGAUUACCUGGAUCUGUUUUGAAAAUAAAAAGGAAUGAAGAUGAUACAUUUUUAUAUGCAUUUGUUGCUUUAGAAGCAUGUAUUAGGGACUGGGAAUAUUGUAGGCCAAUUGUUGUUGUUGAUGGUGCUGCAUUAAAAUGUUCAUAUGGUGGUACAAUGUUAACUUCAAGCACAUUGGAUCCGGGAGGUCAUAUACUUCCGUUGGCGUAUGCGAUAGUAGAUUCUGAAAAUGAUGCUUCAUGGACAUGGUUCUUUGAGCAAUUUAGAGAAGCAUAUGGAGUUAGACAAAAUAUGUGUUUUAUGUCAGACAGAAAUGAAAGCAUAUGGAAAGGGACAACAAAUGUAUAUCCUGAAUCAGAACAUUAUGCAUGCAUAUGGCAUUUAUCAGUCAAUGUUUUGAAGAAUUUCAAUAGAAAUACUGAAGAUUUGAAGAUGUUGUUCUUUUCAUUGGCAAAAGCUUAUACAAAACAACAGUUUGAGACAAUUAUGGGAAGAAUAGAUCAGAUAGAUACGCAAAUACGGCCAUACUUGUUUGAUAUUGGUUAUAGCAAAUGGUCAAGAGCUUACUCGAAUUGUAAGCGCACAUGGACGAUGACUUCAAACAUCGCGGAGUCAUUGAAUAAUGUUAACAGAUUAGCAUGGAGGUUACCGGUGAUUUCACUUCUUGAGUUUAUGAGGGUGACAAUUCAGAGGUGGAUUCACAAGCAUAAUGAGGAGGAUGAUAAGACUACAUCUAAUCUGACAAAAAAAUAUGAUGUGAUACCUUCAACUGUUGAUCUGCAUGCUAUAGCUGAAGGAGCAAAGAAAUACAUAGUAAAUUUGAACACAAGGAUGUGUAGUUGUGGAAGAUUUCAACAUUAUGAGAUACCAUGUGGUCAUGCAAUUGUUGUUCUUCGGUACAGGAAGUUACAUGAAGCAGAUUUCUAUUCUGCUUUUUAUAGCCUCAAGAAUUUCAAAGAUGCUUAUGCCAUUCCCGUCGAGCCUAUCCCGUGCAAGAGUACAUGGGAUAUACCAAGUUAUAUUUCAGAUCCUAAAUUGAUGCCGCCUGGUCCAAAAAAAGCAGCAGGAAGACCCAAACUUGAACGGUGGAAGGGAUUCGCAGAUGUGAAUUUCAAGAAGACAAAAAGCACAUGCAGUAGAUGCCAUCAGGUUGGACACAAUAGGAAGACUUGUUCAAAUUAUCCUGUACAAAAACAAUGA